CCGGCGUGUGGUAAUGGUCGACAUGGUCGUGGCGCUUGGAUUUUGGAUGUUGAUGAGACAAUUAUUGCAAGUCGAGGCAGGAUUGUUAGACUGGUCACGUUACAAUUGCGCUACCAAGCUAUCGGUACUUUACACUGUUGCGUUGCCUAUCAUCUUGUCUAACUUAAUUCCAUCUCCUCCGCCACCAUUAGCAAUCUACCUGCCUCCUUUCUUUGUUGAAAUAGACGUCACUGAAGGUAUAUAUCCUGGUUGGUUGAGGAAUUCGCGUUUUUGGUAA